GCAGAAGAAGCCCGUCAAUCCUCAGCAACAGAAAAAAAAGGGAAACCGCAAAGGAGAUUUCGGACGACGGGUUUUGAUCUGCUGAUGUUGAGCAACAUGAUCAUGCAGGGUCCUUGGCGUUUUCGCUUUUGCUUUCCGUUGCCUGUCACAUCUUUUUUACUUUCCUUCCGAGUACAAGGUUGGAGCUUAUUGAAACUCCGGAGCAAGCAGGCGCUCUCUCAUCCCUCGAGUUCCUUGUACGGGAACUUUGCAGAUUGCAUGUCUCAAGCAGCCUUGCAGACGAGAUCUGUAUGGCUUCAUUCGCCUCACGAGAACGCCACGAUGUGGUGACAAUGUCCUUCGUGGUGACAAUAUGUAGGGAGUA